AUGGCUGCUUUCGCCAGGAUGGUGAAGGGCCAAGUGCGCAACUACUCUGCUCCUCUGGACAUGGCCAUUCCCGCCUCCAAGCAGAAGUACAUUCCUUCGUCGGGCUCGUAUCCCAAAGGAUUCCUUGUGUCCGGAACCCAUGUCGGUGUCAAGGCGUCCAACACCAGGUUCCCAGACCUGGCUUUGAUCUCCUCCGAAACCCCAUGCUCGGCCGCCGCUGUUUUCACGACCAAUAAGUUUCAGGCUGCUCCCGUGCAGGUGAGCAAGAAGACGCUUCAGGAGCGCCAGGGACAGGGUAUCCGCUCCGUGGUUAUCAACUCGGGCUGCGCCAAUGCCGUCACCGGCAAGGGAGGUUACGAGGACGCAGUGAACAUGGGCAAGAAGGUGGAUGAGUGUGAGGGACUCAGCAAACCUAGCACGCUUGUCAUGAGCACCGGUGUUAUUGGACAACGUCUCCCCAUUUCGAAGAUCCUGGACAAGAUCCCCACGGCCUACGCAAAUCUCGCAUCCACCCACGAAGCCUGGCUCACCACUGCCCGCGCCAUCUGCACCACUGACACCUUCCCCAAACUGCUCUCGCGGACAUUCACCCUCCCUUCGUCCCCCGGCCACACUUACAGCCUCGCCGGCAUGACCAAAGGCGCCGGCAUGAUCCAUCCCAACAUGGCCACUCUGCUCGGUGUUCUCUGCACCGACGCCCCUAUCGCCCCCUCCGCCCUGCAAUCGCUCCUCAAGUACGCUGUCUCGCGCUCCUUCAACUCCAUCUCCGUCGACGGCGACACAAGCACCAACGAUACAAUUGCCGUCCUCGCCAACGGUGCCGCCGGCGGCGCCCCGAUCAACUCCGCCUCGUCGGACGACUACGCCGCCAUGCAGGAAAUCCUCACCUCCUUCGCCCAGUCGCUCUCGCAGCUCGUCGUCCGCGACGGCGAAGGCGCCACCAAGUUCGUCACCGUCCGCGUCCAGAACUCCCCCGACUACGACUCCGCCCGCCUCAUCGCCUCCACCAUCGCCCGCUCCCCGCUCGUCAAGACCGCCCUCUACGGUCGCGACGCCAACUGGGGCCGCAUCCUCUGCGCCAUCGGGUACACGCAGGGCGUCGCCCCUGGAACCGUCGUUCCUGAGCGCACGAGCGUCAGCUUCAAGCCCGUCGACGGUAGCGCUGUCCUCAAGCUCCUGGUCAACGGUGAGCCCGAGCAGGUCGACGAGGAGCGUGCCAGCGCCAUUCUCCAGGAGGAGGAUCUCGAGAUCGUGGUUGACCUGGGCGGCGGUGAAAAGGGUGAGCUUGGCGGUGAGGAGGCCGUCUACUGGUUCUGCGACUUCAGCCACGAAUAUGUGACCAUCAACGGAGAUUACAGAACCUGA